AUGCAGCGUGUGGACCCCGGAGCCGGCGUCUGCCUGCUUCCCGCGCCAUUUUCCUGUUGGAUGGACAAGUGCUGCUUGUUGAGAAGCACCUGGGACUCCUUCCUCCGCUCAGCACACCGAGGGGACUCUGUUUCCUCCGGGCUUCCUUUCCUGUCUUCUCUGCGGCCCGGCCCCACCUCCCGGCUCUGCUGCUCUGAGAAGUCGCCAGAGAGACGGGGCUUCUCCAGGCUGUGGGCUGCAGACUGGGGUUCUCUUGGUGUGUUUCAGGGUGGAUUAUCUUGGGUUCCUCCUCUCUCCCCUCGACUGGAUCUGGGCUGUUGGCAGCUCGGUAUGGAAGGGUGGGGGGAGGGCAGUGAUGCUCUGUAG